AAAACGGACUUAUCGAUGAAUACAUUUUCUAAAUUUUUAACAACUUUAAAUUGCUUCCACCCACCAUGGCAAACAAUACCAACAGUGGCAUUAACUCAGAUUUUCGACUAUCUGGAGCCCGAGGACAGACGGUCGGCAGCAAGUGUUUGCUACGCCUGGAGACAGUGCCUGUUUCAAAAACGAUACUUUAGAAACUUUCGCUUUCAAAUCGAUGUGGCGCGCGAUGAUCAGUUAACCUUCUUCCACCGCAGUAUGGCCCAUCUGGUCAGAAAGCUGGUGAUUGUCUUUGACUUUCACAAUGCAUUUCAGAUUCAGAAAAUGCGACGACUUCUUUACAAAGUGGCUCGUUGUGAGAACAUCCAAGCGCUGCGUUUCCAAACCCACAAUGUAGGUCUUGUUGCCGUUGGAAACAUGAACAGCGAUCACUUUGUGGCCAUAGAACAAUGCUUUGUGGAACCUUUAAAGUUGUUUCUUAAUCGCAAAAGUAAGCCCUGUCAUCUGCUGGAUCUAGGUGCCAUUGAAGCUCUUACCUACUACGGUCAGGACUUGCUUAGGUCCUGUGGCAAACCACAGGAGCUGGAGCAGCUGACACUGGCCAGCCUUAAAUACGAUCCUAGUCACUAUCCAAUACUCUCGUUGGACAUAACGCUUCUGCAGAAGUGCGCCAACCUUCAGGUGCUGUCGUUGGACUACGAUACGCUGACCGAUGACCUGCUGCACACCAUCCAGGUGCUGCCACUCCGAAAAUUUAUCAUCGUAGUCCAUGGACUGGACAGCGAGGAGCAGGCCAGUGUGUCGGAGUAUGCCUGGGCCAACUUUGCCAGGCAUUUCACAAACAUUGAUCUAGUGCUGACGUUGGUGUACGCCUACGAGGCCAUUGAGCUGCUGCAGACUCGUGUCCUGCGUCGCCACAUGCCAGUGACCCAUGUGCGGCUACUCUUCUGUGAGUUCAUGAAUUCUGAGGCCCUGGACUGGAUGUCGCUGAACAAUAAGGACACGCUGCGGAGCAUUUACUAUAUGGACUCAGCGUAUAAGCAUAACAAUCGCUUGGACUACGCCCGUCACAACUUUCUGCGCCAGGACCCCUUCGUAAUGAUGGCCUGGCGUUGCAUGCAUCUGGAGGAAAUUGUAGUCCAUGGCUAUCUGAUGGAUCCGCACAAUUUGGUGGGCAUUGCCCGUUUGCGAGGUCGCAAGCUGAAGCGUUUGGAGGUUUCCAUGAUUGACUGGUCCAUGGCUCCCCUGAAUGCCUAUAAAGAGGAAAUCUGCUCCCUCCUGGGACAACAGUGGGCACCCAUCAGAAUAGAUAAACUUCCUCCAUCGCUGUCCUAUGGACCCGUGGACUAUGAAGUACGCGAUCAGUUCGUAUACGAGAUGUUGCGCCAGGAUCUCGGCUAGUAAGUGGGUGGAUGCAGCGGAAACCUCAAGUAAAAAUAACCAAAAAUUAAAGCAAAGUCAUAAAGUAAAUUCAAGAAACAACCGACCGACAUAACCCGUGAUCAUCUCGAGAGCGUAGAAACUAUCUUAAACAUUAUGAAACUUCUAAUUACGUAGAUAAAACAAAAAACCUAGAGAUGACAAAAGCGAAGACUAAACUGAUUCCGCAUAUAUGUAGAUGCGAUGCGUGUAUCCUAUGUUAUGAAAAAUGUGAAAACGUAAACUGAAAAUUGAUUCGAUUGGCAAGCAUUUUAUAGAAGUUAAAAAUUUAAGUUUAAAAUUUGUAUAAUCAUGUUUUGUUUGCCAGAAAGCGAGAGCUGGGAGCUAGAGAAUGUUAGGAGCAAAGACUUGAGCACGCCACAAAUCAAUGUAAUUUAUGUAAAGCAGAUGGGCAGAAUGUGUUUGUUAAAAACUGCUAGAAAAAACAUCAUUUUAUAAGCAACAAGAACUGUGAUUCAAAGAAAAAGCAAAAAAAAAAUGCGAAUGCGAAUACGAACACGACAAAGAGCGAGCGAGCAAAAGCUAGCGCGAUCCAGUGUGAGCAUCAGACGACACCACAACACAACAAACACCAAGCAAUUGUUAAGCGAAUUGAUUGUCUAGUUAGCUAAGUUUAAAGAUGUAAAGAAGGAAAUACGAAAGUGUUGCAAACCGAA